AUGGCGGCCCGGCCCCGUCGCCCCCGUCGCCCCCGUCCCGGCCGGGCCCUUGGGCUCCGAGCCCCGCCGCCGCCGGUCCUGCCGCCGGUCCUGCCGCUGCUGCUGCUGCUGCUGCCGCCGCUGCCGCUGAGCGGCCCCGCGGGGGCGGCGGGGCCCGGGGAGCUUGGCCGAGCGCGGCCUCUCACCGCCGCCAACUGGACCCUGCUCCUCCGCGGCCACUGGAUGCUCAAAUUCUAUGCCCCUUGGUGUCCAAGUUGCCAGCAGACGGAAUUGGAGUGGGAAACCUUCGCAAAGAGUGGUGACAUUCUCGAUAUCAGUGUGGGGAAAGUGGAUGUCACUCAAGAACCAGGUUUAAGUGGCCGUUUCUUUGUCACCACUCUUCCAACCAUCUUCCAUGCAAAGGAUGGAAUAUUUCGCCGAUACCGUGGGCCAGGAAUCUCUAAAGAUCUUCAGAAUUACAUCUUGGAAAAAAAAUGGGAAGCCGUUGAGCCCGUGGCAGGAUGGAAAUCUCCUUCUUCUAUAACGAUGUCUGGAAUGGCUGGCCUUUUUAGCCUCUCUGGCUGGAUAAGGCAACUUCAUAGCUAUUUCACAGGUCCUCUUGGUAUUCCUGUUUGGGGUUCUUAUGUCAUCUUCAUUGUAGCCACUUUGGUGAUUGGGCUUCUCCUGGGUUUGAUUCUGGUUUUACUCUCAGACUGCUUUUGUCCACCUAAGCCAAGAGCAGAAAGAUCUGAGGUGACUGAAAAGGAAAAUGAGGCUCUUAUAGUUGAAGAUCUGGGAGAGAUUUCAGAGGAAAAGAAAAAUCUUUUGGAAGGAGAGGAGGAGAAGGAAGAUCUGUCUGAUGGAGAGGAGAAGGAGGAGGAUCGAUCGGGUGGAGAAGAGGAGAAGGAAGAUCUUUCAGACCGAGAAGAGGAGAGGAGCCAUUCUAAUGAAGAGUCUUCUGAGGAGGAUUCUGUAGUUGAUGAGGAAUCUGAGACAGAAGAGGCUGGAGGAAACAGCCACAAGCACCACCCCGCUGACCCCGAGGUUGAUGGUGUUGUGCGACAGCGGAAGAGUCAGGGAGCAGAUAGUGGACUCUAGCUAUUAAAGCCUAUCUCCCAUCAACGCGGACCAAAGAAAUGUGUUAGCUGCCUACUUGUCUGCGGUAGAAACAAAACCCUUACUGUGCCCUGCAUGAGCCAGCUUUUCUUUAAAAACUUCUCUAGUCUUACAGGCACCGAGAGUGGGAUCUCUUUGACGUGACAAUCAGAAUUCGAAAUAUAAUAUAUUCUGCUCUGAGAUUUGGAGUGGAGAAAGAGGUCAUCUCUCUGGGGCAGCCCUCACUCCUACUUAUGUCUUUGAAAAACUGCUCUAAGCCACCGGUGUAACAGGCUGGAUCCUAGAGAACUGUAUCAGAAAUGUGGCUUCAUCUUGUUUUUUAAUUCUUUGACUGUUAUAAGAAACGUCAGAGAAAUUCGAAGGACUUAAUGACCCCUCAGUAUUUUAGUUGUAAAGGAAUUUAGGGAUUGGUGUUUUCAUUUUUGUCACUCUACACUAAUGCACCUUUUUAAUCCAUUUUGUACCUUUGAUCUUUUCCCUUCUCUUGAAUGUUUCUCCUGAAAAUAUUCU